AUGUUAUUCACAUCAUGGAGAAACGAAACAACUGACUUAAUUAAAGAUUGUUCCUCCUACCAAGAGCACUAUUUACGACUUAAAAACACAAUUGAUGAGCAAAUGAAACAAUAUGCUAUUUGUAGUGAAGACCUGGAUGACAUUCAAGAUCAGCUUCAUAAUAUGGAUCAUAAUGAUGAUAAUCAUGACCUUGUUGCCCCAGGAACGCAAAACGUUGAACGUCAAGACGAAUCUGAAGGUACGCAAGACCUUCAUCCAGAAUUGAAUGCUAACUAUGACCUAUCUGGUGAUCUUGGAAUUCCUUCAACUGCAUCAAAUACUGAACAGCUUAUAUUACACGAAGAACAGGAUGAUGUUUACAGAAGUAUGGUGCAAAAACUCAACAAAGAACAGAAGGAAUUUUUCUAUCAUCUGUUGCAUCUUAUCAAAAUAUCUCAGAAACCAUUCUACUGUUUCCUCAGUGGAGGAGCGGGAGUUGGCAAGUCCCAUCUCACCAAGUGUCUUUAUCAAGCAGCACUGAAGUUUUAUAACACAAGAGCAGGUGAUGAUUUCCAUCAAGUAAAAAUAUUAAUGCUUGCUCCAACUGGCAAAGCAGCUUUCAACAUUAAAGGUAACACAAUUCAUAAUGCACUUGCAAUACCAGCAUGUCAAUCCUUAAAGAACUACAUACCACUUGACUCGAGCAGGCUAAACAGUUUAAGAUGUCGGCUUGGUGGUUUAAAACUUAUAUUUUUAGAUGAGAUCUCAAUGGUUGGUAGUACAAUGUUUAAUGUUCAAAUAAAUAAUAGACUGAAAGAUAUUAAAGGAAGUAAAGAUGACUUUGGCGGUGUAAGCAUAGUGGCAAUUGGUGAUCUAUUUCAACUAGAACCUGUAAUGGAUAGGUACAUAUUUAAAAAUCUAGAUAAUUCGGAAUAUGCAAUUCUUGCUCCCAAUAAAUGGCAAGAUUACUUUAAUAUGUUUGAACUCCAAGAAAUAAUGAGGCAGAGAGAGAGCAAAGUAUUUGCUGAAAUACUAAACAGGCUGAGGGAAGGCAAACAUACCAAGAAUGACAUUUUAUAA